UCGGCGGGACGGGACUGUGCCGCUCUCUCUCCUGAUCUUCCCCUUCAUUCGGGGUCAAAUAAGUGUUGUAAAGUUGUUAAAAGAAAUAACAGGAUUUUUACCGAAAAAUGUUUUGUUGAGUACGAAGUUAUAGAGAAUGAUCGUGGUGUGUGGUGUAGAUUUCGCGAUGGAGUAAAAAUUAUAUACGUGUUUAAGCAGCCAAGCCACACGGCGUCGAAAAAGUUUUUUGGUUUACUCAGAAUAAAGAAAAAGUGCUGUGGAGAUAUACCAGUGUUAGUGAAUGUUAAAGAGGUGAUUUUAAGAUACAUGAAAGUGGAUUGUACAAAGGAUAACAAUUUUCAUCACUGGAAGAAAGCCCGACCAUGUAUGAUAGGUUAUGGUGUUGAGGUGGUGAUGGCGGGUGUGGUGAGCGCCGGGGGCAGCAGCAGCAAGGGGCGACGCCCCCUGGGUGCCCCCCACGGGACCAGCAGCAGCGGCUCCCCCAGGUCCUGCUCCUUCCCCGUUGGCGGCGGCGGCGGCCUGCCGUCGCGCGCAUUCAUGCGGCCUUCACUGCUCGCGCUCUGUCUGCUGACCGCUCUCGCUCUCGCCUCAGCGGAACAAGGUAAGCCACGGGAAGACAUGUCCCAGAAACCUGAUCUCCCUCGCCUUUCGUCGCUCGCCUUGGACGGGCACUCGGCUCGGCCAGGCUUUGUAUCGCCGGCAUAA